GUGAUUUGAUUUACAAUAGAACGGACAGCGAAGGAUGUAUAUUUUAUGCCGUCUGUAGUGAAACAUGUACAAUUGAACGACACACUGGGCACUGUAACAUUACUACUCCUCUAACCACUACUUCCCCUCCUGGACAAAGAUACAAAUUAUCCAACUGUACAGAACUCAUCUGUAAGGGAGACAACAAGGUAGAAGUAAUUCCAACGCACUGCGCACCUGUAAAGGAAAUUACUUGUGCAAACAAAUAUCCGGCAAUACUGGUACCUGAUGAAAACGGCUGCUGUUACCACUAUGAGUGUCAAUGUGUGUGCAGUGGAUGGGGUGAUCCUCAUUACGUUACUUUUGAUGGAACCUACUAUACUUUCCUUGAAAACUGCACUUACGUCCUGGUAAAACAGAUUGUACCUAAAUAUGACAACUUCCGUGUUUACAUUGACAAUUAUUACUGCAAUUCAGAAGAUGGACUUUCCUGUCCUAAAUCCAUUAUUAUUUUCUACAAAUCUGCGAAAGUGGUGCUGACCCGGGAACGCAUGAAUGGUGUGAUGACCAAUGUGAUGUACUUCAACAAUAAGAUUGUCAAACCAGGCUUCAAAGAAGACGGUAUUUCUUUCUCCACACUUGGCAUCAACAUGAUCGUUGAAAUACCAGAGAUUGGUGCAACUAUCACCUUUAGUGGGAUGAUUUUCUCUGUGAAACUCCCAUUCAGCAAAUUUGGCAACAACACCGAAGGACAGUGUGGAACAUGUACAAAUAAUAAAGCAGAUGAAUGCCGCUUACCAAGUGGUAAGAUCAUUUCUUCCUGUCCCCAAAUGGCUCAUCACUGGAUUGUUGAUAAUGACAAGUCAUGCCAUGGAUUACCAGUACCACCAGUUGUAACCACACCUCCACCAAAGCCUCACUGUGAAACACCUCCUCUCUGCAAGCUUAUCUGGAGCGAGAUUUUUGCAGAAUGCCAUGCCGUGAUACCACCAGAACCAUUUUUCAAAGGCUGUGUCUUUGAUGGAUGUCGCAUAGCGGAUGAAUCCAUGCAGUGCUCCAGUUUGGAGGUAUAUGCUACAGAGUGUGCUGCUAGAGGUGUCUGCAUUAACUGGAGAGGAAAGACCAACAAUGUAUGCCCAUACAACUGUCCACCAAACAUGGUAUACAAACCAUGUGGGCCCAUCAAUCCUGCUACCUGUGACUCAAGCUUUGUUGAGCAUCCUGGCUAUGGAGUAACUGAAGGAUGUUACUGUCCUGAAGGAAAGACACUCAUGAGUGAAGACAGCGACAUCUGUGUCUCAGAAUGCUCUUGCAGGGAACCAAAUGGAGUGUCCAGAUGGCCAGGAGAAAAAUGGACAAGAGAUUGCCAGGAAUGUGUCUGCGACAAAAAUACUCUUGAAGUGCACUGUACAAAACACGAAUGUCCUCUGAGACAGCAAGUAUUUUGUGAUGAACCAGGUUACAUGCCUGUUCAGCCUGGAACUAUCAUUCCAUCAGGCCCCUGUGAAGAAUGCAUCUGCUCUGAAUCCUCUUACUUAGGCUCUCAACAGGCUAGCGUCAAGUGUGAGUCUGUUAUCUGUGACACAUACUGCCCAGCGGGUUAUAAGUAUACAGUGAAUCCUGGACAGUGCUGCGGCACAUGCAAGGCAGCGGCUUGUAUAGUGUCUGCGGGAGACAACAUUACGCGCGUGCUUCAAGUUGGAGAAUUGUGGAACCCAUUUGGUGAUAAAUGUAUAACUUACACAUGUGAAAAAUACGAGGACCAGUUCAUUCAAGUCAUCUUAGAGAAAAGCUGUCCUCCCUUUAACCCUGACGACUGUGAUCCAGAUAACAUCAAGCUUUCUGAGGAUGGCUGCUGUAAAACAUGCCAAAUACACCAGCUGAAUUGUAAGAAGUACAAUACCACUACUGUCAUCAAGUACGGUGGAUGUGUAUCUCCUGUUCCUGUUGAGAUGACGUACUGUGAAGGCAGCUGUGACGCUUACUCACG